GGAGAAAGAGGUUCGCCUGGAGAGGUUGGUCCAUUGGGGAAAAGAGGUUCCCAAGGUGGAACGGGACUCCCUGGGACCUCCGGUGAUCCAGGAUCCAAAGGACAGCCGGGAGACGUUGGUGAAUCAGGGUUUCCAGGGAUUGCUGGACUCUUUGGCCCAAAGGGACCACCUGGAGAUCUUGGCUUCAAAGGCAUCCAGGGCCCUAAAGGGCCCCAAGGAAUCUGGGGCCAAGAAGGUGUCAUUGGUCCAGUUGGGAUUUCAGGUCAACCAGGAAACACUGGUCCCAAAGGAGAGAAAGGCAGCCAAGGCGAAGCGGGUCUCCAAGGUCCAAAGGGUAUCCCAGGGCCCCAAGGACCUCCUGGCCCCCCGGGCCCUCCAGGAAUUCAAGCUGCAUUGGGGCAAGAUGACUUUGACGCAGCUUUCCACUCCAUGUUGACUGCCAGCGCUGUCUUCAGGUCUGAGAGCUACGAACAGAUGGACCUUCCAGUGAUGGAUCAAGGAGGGGAGAUCUUUAAGACCUUGCACUACCUCAGUGUCCUCAUUCAGAGCAUCAAGAGACCCUUGGGGACAAAAGAAAACCCUACCCGUGUUUGUAAAGACCUCAUGAACUGUGAACAAAAGAUGCAGGAUGGCGUCUACUGGAUUGACCCAAAUCUUGGCUGUUCUUCAGACAGCAUUCAGGUCACCUGCAACUUCGCCCAAGGAGGUCAAACCUGCCUCAAUCCUAUCACAGCAUCUAAGCUGGACUUCGAUAUCGGAAGAGUACAAAUGAACUUCCUUCACCUCUUGAGCUCUGAAGUCGUUCAGAACGUCACUAUCCAUUGCUUGAACAUGCCGGUUUGGCCGGAAGGACCAUCAGAAGGAGCCUCCCUACGCUUCAAGGCCUGGAACGGGCAGCUCUUCGAACAGGGAGGGCAGCUCACACCGGACGUGGUGGUAAACAAUUGUCAGAUUCAAGAUGGUCAGUGGCAUCACACCCUCUUUACCUUCCGGACGUAUGACAUCCAGCGGCUUCCGAUCGUGGGUGUGUAUAACCUUCCGCCAAGCAGACCAGGGAAGGAAUAUUUCCUUGAAGUUGGGCCAGUGUGUUUCCUCUAGAAAUCAACUCUUUGUGGUG